AUGGGAUGGGUAUCCAUGCUUUUUGUGCUUCUUUCUUCAGUGACUGGUUUAAAGAAAUUUAAUUUAUAUGAAGGAAUAGAACCAAUACUGAAGAUAUUCCAAACAGCAGCUUUACUUGAGAUAUUACAUGUGGCACUGGGAUUGGUUAAAUCAAAUUUAACUAUGACAACUUUCCAGGUUUUUUCUCGGAUAUUUGUUGUGUGGGGCAUUAUGCAUAAUAUACCAGAAAUACACAACCACGUUUCCGUUAUGAUGUUUCUUUUUGCUUGGUUUGUCACUGAAUCUAUUCGGUACACAUAUUACUUCUUCAUGCUCAUUGGAUUUAUACCUUACUAUUUAAUAUGGGCUCGGUAUUCCUUGUUUAUUGGUCUUUAUCCUCUUGGAGUUGUUGGUGAAUUGCUUUGUAUGUAUAAAAGUCUUCAUUAUGUUGAAGAAAGAGGAAUCUUAAAUUUAACUUUACCAAAUCGCUUGAAUGCAUCCUUCAAUUUUUACUAUUUCCUCAUUGCCGUGAUGCUCAGUUACAUUCCUAUCUUUCCUCAACUAUUCUCUCAUAUGUUGACACACAGAGAGAAAGCACUCAGGCUCAUGGCAAAGAAAAGUGCAGAAAUUACAAAGAAAAAGCAAAACUGA